AUGGUGGAGCGCCUUCCGGUCUAUAUCGUGCGCAUGCGCAACUCGCCGCCCGUCGCGGGGUACACUGGCGGAAUCGACGGGCUGGCAGCGACCGUCAACGGGCAGCGCAUCGCGCAGUCCUUCCGCGCGGGUGCCGCCGCGACGCUCGCUGGCCGCCGCCGCUUCCGCUUCGACCCGUUCAGCCGGCCCGUGCAGCAAUUCGCGCGGUGGCUGGGGCAGAUGCAGGCGCGCGUCGCGGCCGACGCAGGCGUGAGCACACGAGACGUGCUCUACAGUUACAAGUACGUGAGCAACGGAUUUGCGGCGAGACUCACGCCGAAGCAAGUCCGGCAAUUGCGGAACCACCCGGCCGUCGCGCAGGUGAAGCAGAGCAUCGCGAUUCGCAAGCUCACAACGGAUACGCCCGCGUUCCUGCAGCUGCCGAGCACACUAUGGGCGGCGGCGGGCGGACAGAGCAACGCGGGGCAAGGCGUGGUGGUGGGGAUCGUUGAUACCGGCAUCUGGCCCGAACACCCGUCGUUCGCAGGAGACGCGUCGUACCCGAACCCGCCCGCCACGUGGAAGGGCAACUGCACGACCACGGCGGACUUCCCUCGCUGCAACCGCAAGCUCAUCGGCGCGCGCUACUUCUCCGCCGGCUUCCGCGGCGCGUACGGCAGCGUCAACCUCGCCGCCGAUUGGAACUCGGCGCGCGACGCGGACGGCCACGGCACGUGGUGCGCGGGAGCCGCGACUGGCAACAGCAACGUGCAGGUAUCAAUCGCGCGAGGCCAAUCCGCAGGGCUCGCGAGCGGGGUGGCCCCACGCGCCUUCCUCAGUGUGUACAAGGUCUUUUGGAGCACGAGCAGCGGCGGUGUGACUGCCACGUGGGCGGAUAUCGAGGCCGCCGUGAACAAGGCGGUAGCGGACGGUGUGGAUGUGCUCAGCCUGUCGCUGGGCGGCCUGGAUCCCUCCGCGGAUUACUUUGACGACUCCACGUACCUCUAUGCCAACGCGAUGGGAGUGACAGUCGCGUACGCAUCGGGCAACGACGGAUCACCGCCGUACAGCUCAUCCAUGUAUCGCACCAUCUCCAACUUCUCGCCCUUCUACCUCACCGUUGGCGCCUCCACCAUCUCCCGCCGCUACAGCACAUCGCUGGUUCUUGGCAACGGAGUAACGGUUGCUGCCACAGGGUUUGGCAGUGGGAGUGCGAGUGUGGUGGGGCUGAGGGUCAUUGAGGGCAUCGCUGCCAUGGCUGCCUCGUCUACCUCUACUCAGGCACAGUACUGCUACUCCGGCUCGCUUGACUGGGCCAAAGUCAGCGGCAGAAUAGUCAUCUGUUCGUACGGAGGCGUGGGCACGAGUGUCAAGGUGGGGGAGGUGCUAGCGCGGGGAGGCAAGGCUGUGAUCAUCACAGGCGUCCCCGACGUCCUCAAGCCAUUCCCGCCCUACGACUCGCGCCUGCCCUUGGUUUAUCUUGACUAUGCUCCUGCUGACACGCUGACCACCUACGUCCGAUCCAUCGCCUCCCCAACAGCCACUCUCUCCACAUCCUUCUCAACCGCGACAGACCUCCCAGCACCGAACGUCAUCUACUUCUCCUCCUCCGGCCCAUCUCUCAACCCCUCCUCAUCCGUAGUCAAGCCACGGCCCACCAAUGACAUCCUCAAGCCAGACAUCAUCGCUCCGGGCGUCUCCCUCUGGUCGUCUUGGCGCGCCUCCUCUCCCUCCUCCACCACACAACAGUUCACCAUGAUUUCUGGGACAUCCAUGGCUACCCCGCACGUGGCGGGGAUUGCCGCGCUGCUGACUCAGCGGUACCCGACGUGGUCCCCGGCGCAGAUCAUGUCUGCGAUUAUGACCACUGCGAGCACGACGACCAAUCAGGGGUCGGCGAUCGGGACGAGUUACACAGCGGUCGCCACGCCUUUUGAGAUGGGCCAAGGGCAUAUUAACUCGACGGGGUUGCUCGACCCUGGGCUUACCUACACUGCGGCGCUCGCGCAUUAUUACAACUUUUUGGCCGGGCAGGACCAGACCCGAACGAAAUAUCUCAUCGGCACGCAAGCCAGAGUCAAGCUGACCCCGAUCCCGGCGUACAAUCUCAACCGCCCAUCCAUCUCGGUCUCGCGAUUGGUCAAGAGCGUGGUGGUCACGCGGUGGGUGGUGAAUGUGUUUAACCAGGCGUGUACGUACACUGCGAGUGUAGUUGCUCCUGCUAACGUGCGCGUCACCGUUUCCCCAUCAACCUUCACCAUUUCGCCGGCCAAAACUCAGACAUUUACGGUGACAUUCAACGUUACAGCAGCAUCCCAGGCCUUCAGUUACGGCAGCCUGACGUGGAGGGACCAAUUCGGGCAUGCGGUGCGGUCGGUGCUUGCCGUGCAGCCAAUCAGCCUGUAG